CGUAGAGGAAAAAUGACUGAACAGAGACGCGAUUGUUCUGUUUUGCUUUUGACACCAGUUCACAUUUGGUUCGCCUCGACGCCUUAAAGUGGAUUAACAGCGACAGUAAACUCCAGUCAAACUACCAGAGAAACGGAAUGUCGUCACACACAGAAAAGACGAAAGACCUCCAGUGUUUACCAGCGGCCAUGGCUCCGAUGGGUAUCCGCCUGUCACCGCUCGGUGUAGGGGUGUUCUGCCUCCUCGGGGUCGGCGUUAUCUACCACCUGUAUGCCGGUGUCAUCUCCAACCGCUUGUCUGCUUUCAGACAGCCUAGAAAAGUGGAUCUGAGGGAGCUGCUGGCUGUCUCAGUGGAGGCGGCAGUACUAGGUGGUAUAGAGGUAAAGAAUGUGCGUGAUGAAAACGCUCUGAAGGAGAAGUCAAAGGGAAAGACGAGGGAGGGAGUCAAUGAGCUUCUGACCAAUGGUGACCUGCAGUCUCACAGAAAGAUGUUUAACCUUUUAAAGAAUACCUUUCCUGAUGUCACGGUGAACAGUGAAGAACAUGACAACACGGUGGAUAAGGCAGCAGCCUGGAGCAAGGACAUUCCAGCAGACAUACUGGAAAAGAUAAAGGCGGGCAACGAGGUCCCUCCAGAGAGUGUCACUGUGUGGAUCGAUCCUCUGGAUGCUACACAAGAAUAUACAGAGAACCUGGUCAAGUAUGUGACCACAAUGGUAUGUGUGGCUGUAGAUGGUAAACCAGUCAUUGGAGUCAUACAUCAGCCAUUCACAGGGUUCACUGCCUGGGCAGUAGUAGGUCAGGGAUCAAAUAUGCGCCCCCGGUCAUCCUACAGUUUAAACCCUCCAAAGGUGAUAGUAUCACGUUCCCACUCCGGGGAAGUUAAAAACUUUGUUCAUGACGCUUUUGGAAACAGCACAACAAUCAUAGAAGCAGGCGGAGCAGGAUACAAGGUCCUUGCACUCCUGGAGAUGCCCUCAAGUGAUACAGGCUCUAUUGACCAGGCAGACACUUACGUCCACAUCACCUUUAUUAAGAAAUGGGACAUCUGCGCUGGUGCUGCACUACUGAGCGCACUAGGAGGCCAUAUGACAACUCUCAAAGGAGAGGACAUAGACUACAGCGGGACACCACUCAACAAAGGAGGACUGGUGGCCAGUGUUAAUGUGGACCACAAGACCAUUGUGGAAAGACUACCAAACUGGGACCCCGAGAAGCACUGAAAGACACAAACACAGAGCCAUUGGUAGUCUGGUCAGGUUGUAGUAAGAGCAACACGUGGCAGUCCUUUUCUGUAACUUAUGAACUGGCUGUAAAACAUAACCAGUGAGAUUGUGAUCAACCAAUCAGAUGUAUUGGAGUCACUGGCGGGGAUCGCUGAGCAGGACUGUGGAACCAACACGACUGCAGUUGGAAACUGCGACGGCUGACACAAUGGCUCUGAAUGAAUGCACACUCCCUUUCAUGCAUACAUCUAAGAAAUGGUACAUCUUCCUCUCUACUUGCGCGUAUACACACACACACACACACAUACACACACAUACACACACAUACA